AUUUCGUGUCCAACCAAAGUCCAGAAUAGAGAGAGAGAGAGAGAGAGAGAGAGAGAGAGAGAGAGAUUGAACCCGAUUUUACGAUUUAUCCAGUUCUGAAGUAUUCUCAUAGAUCAGUGAAAGCAGAUCCAAUAAAUUUUUUCUUAUUUUGAGAAAUAAAUCAUGUCGGGUGAAGAAGAGGAAAACGCCGCUGAGCUUAAAAUCCCCGAUGAAUUUCUGAAAGCCAAGUGUCUAAUGAAUUCCGAAGUCGCCAUAAUUCUCGAACACAAAUACGAGCAGCUUCAACAGAGGGCUGAAGAUCCGAUGAAUCAAAUGUCUCAGGUUUUUGAGAAGUCUCUCCAGUACGUGAAGCGGUUCAGCCGAUAUAAGAAUAAUGAUGCUGUCAGACAAGUGCGAGAAAUUCUGAGUAGACAUCAGCUCGCUGAAUUUGAGCUCUGUGUACUUGGGAACCUUUGUCCAGAAACAGUUGAAGAAGCCAUAGCCAUGGUUCCAUCCAUCAAGACUAGAGGACGAGCGCAUGAUGAUGAAGCAAUAGAGAGAAUGUUGAAUGACCUUUCUCUCAUCAAGAAAUUCGAAUAGUCGUAUCUAUCGUUUUUACGCUUUUGUGUUGUAUCGAAUACGAAUAUGAAUCCGUAACGCUGUCGAUGGCUAAUAUUUUACUAUGCCUGGUGCUGAAUUGGAAUUUAAUGGCUCAAGCUUAAGCCAAACAAGACAUUAAUAUUUUGAUAUAUAUAUAUUUUGGUAAUCA